AUAUGGCCAUAUCUUUACGUCACAAACACUGGUUGCCUCCUCAUUCACUACCGUGAGCAAACUGGUAGCUAGUACCUCAACACAAGUGAAAAUGGCGUAUCAUUCGGCAAGGUCGGUGGAAGAUCUGCGCUUUAAAGAUGACGGCCUUACGACUAUAACUUCCGAAGAACAAGACAAAGUGGAAAACUCGGUAGCAAGAAAUUAUUUAGCGUACAUGCGAGUCUCCAAUCUUGAUCCCGACCUACCACUGUAUCGCCAAAAACAUGUUCAAUACCUCAAGAGGGGCCUUAACCAUCUCUCUCAAACUUAUGAAUGUCUAGACGCCAGUCGACCUUGGCUUUGUUAUUGGAUUUUACAUGGUCUUGAAAUGUUAAACGUACAACUGAGUGAGGAAGAAUACGCUCAAACGGCUGAUUUCCUCAGGCGUUGUCAAGAUCCUUAUGGUGGCUUUUGUGGUGGUCCCCAGCAAAUACCUCAUCUGGCCCCCACUUAUGCCGCUGUAUGCGCGCUAUGCAUCGUGGGAACUAGACAAGCAUAUGACGUCAUCAACAGGCCCAAGUUGAAGUCAUUUUUAGCAAGUUGUCGCACUGCAGAAGGUUCAUUUACAAUGCAUCGAGACGGUGAGGUGGACAUUCGUGGUGCAUAUUGUGCAGUAGUUGCAGCACACCUAACUAAUAUUAUGACUCCAGAGUUAUUUGAAGGGACAGCAGAAUGGAUUGCUAAAUGCCAGACCUAUGAGGGUGGAUUUUCAGGUGAACCUGGACUGGAAGCUCAUGGAGGCUACACAUUCUGUGGUUAUGCUGCACUGGUGUUGCUAGGUAAGCCUCACUUGAUUGACAACAAGCGUCUUCUCACAUGGGUCACUCAGCGUCAGAUGCGUUUGGAAGGAGGCUUUCAAGGAAGAACAAACAAACUGGUUGAUGGUUGCUACUCAUUUUGGCAGGGAGGGGUGUUUCCUCUUCUUCAUACAGUCAUUGAAGCUAGUGGUGAUGGGCAUUUACUUAGCAAUGAGAAAUGGAUGUUUGAUCAAGUGGCCCUUCAAGAUUACUUGUUAAUGAAUUGUCAGCUUCAUCAGGGAGGACUUGUUGACAAACCCGGAAAAUCACGAGACUUUUACCAUACCUGUUAUUGUUUGAGCGGGUUAUCUGUGGCGCAGCACUUUGUUUACAAGUAUCAAACUAAACUUAUAUUGGUGGGAGGCCAGGAUAAUAAAUUAGCUCCUGUACACCCAGUGUACAACAUUGGAGUCCAAUGUGCAGCUGAUGCUCUGACAUACUUCAGAAAGCUGCCUAUUAUUUGAUUAUUGUUCAAAGGCUUGUUUCAGUUUUAAUCCUUGAUACCCUAAUAAUCAAGAGCUUCUUAAAGUGCACCUAAACCCCAAA